UUCAGUUUCAUAGAGCGAAAAGAGCGAGUGUGUGCGGGUGGAGGCUGAAAACAGAUUUAAAUCCCUCCCCGGGUUGCGGUCGAUACGGCGAGAAAAAGGGAAAAAGGGCAAAAAUACUCUCUGUUUUUUUUUCUUUUUCUCUUUAUUUCGUUUGGUUCCAUCCACCGUUUUCAUGCCCGAACGGUAAGGCAUCGACGCUGAAGUUUUCCGAGGGGUUUUUCACUCUCCUGUGAAAGGCCAUGGCGGGGGAAGCGCGGCCAGAGCUGGUGGGGAAGCGGUUCCUGUGCGUGAGCGGCGAGGAGCCGCUGGAGCUCUGCAACAUCGGGCGCUGGGCUUGGAGAGCCGGAGUUAUCCGCGCAGUCAGCCACCGAGACAACGACAACCCAGAGCUGACGGUGUAUGUGGAGUUUGACGAUCUGGAGUGGGAGAAGCGUGAGUGGGUGAAAGUAUACGAGGAUUUCCGGAUCUUUCUGUUGGAGCAGCAGCUCGUCUGGGCCAAGAGGAAGGAGGGUUCUCAGCUGCAGGUGACCCGUGCUAAGCAGAUCCAGUGGCCCACUCUGACCUUUAAGCCUCUGGUGGGGAAGAGUGUGCUGGGCUCCAUCACUGCUGUGGAGUUUUUCUCUGACAGACAGCUGGAAUUCCUGACAGACGACGGAGCAUUCCAGCCCUAUCAGGAUGAAGUGGACAGCUUGAGUCCUGUUCUCAGGGACAAUCCACAGCUUCAUGAAGAAGUGAAAGGCUGGGUGAAAGAUCAGAAGGUGCAGGAAAUUUUUAUGCAAGGUCCCUAUUCAUUAAAUGGAUACCGCGUACGAGUUUACAGACAAGACUCAGCCACCCAGUGGUUCACAGGCAUCAUCACUCACCACGACCUCUUCAGCCGCACUAUGGUCGUGAUGAAUGAUCAGGUACUAGAGCCUCAGAACGUAGACCCCUCUAUGGUACAGAUGACCUUUCUGGACGAUGUGGUGCAUUCUUUGCUAAAAGGAGAGAAUAUCGGUAUCACAUCCAGACGCAGGUCACGCUCUAGCCAGAACAGCAACACUGCCCACACCACAGGAGGGAGACCAAGCGGCAUCACAGCAAGCACUCAGGGUCAUUACACACGCGCCCAGGCCAACAGUCCCAGACCAGUGAUGAACUCGUCUGGCUCCACCCCUAAGCAGGGCUCUCAGGCCCAGCAGCAGCAAUCUCAGCAUGCUCAGCAGCAGCUAUCCCAGCAGCACCAGCAACAGCAACAGCAGCAGCAGCAGCAGUCAUCGCCGGGCCAGCAGCGUGGUUCCCGGUCAUCCCGCAGGAAAGGUUCAGACAGCAGUGUCCCAGAUGAUGAAAAGAUCAAGGAGGAGAAGAUGGACACUGGAGGAGGAAAGGGAGAUUUUUCUAGGAAUAAAUCAAAACAGAUCAUGAGCAAGCGGAGGAAAGCUGAGGAGGAGGAAAAAAAGAGCGGUCUAAAGCGGUUAAAGACUGAGGCUUCCGACCUGUCUGAGAGCAGCGACUCUGAGAACUCAAACAAGAGGCUUUUGGACUCAUCAUCUGAGCCAAGUUCAGAGAACGAGCUAAAGGUAAAAAGCGCUUUGAAGGCCAGCGAGGAAGACGAGGAGAAGCCCCAAGUCUGCAAGGUUCUUGAGGAACCAGCCGCCAUCAGUAGGAUUUCUCCCUGGGAGGAAAUACAGUCAGUAGAUAAGAGCAGCAGCAAGUUAGUGACCAUGGAAGGGGUUCAGACAACGGAAAAUGAGCGUCUGAUUGAGAAAAGGUUGCCGGAUGAAAGGCGGUCUCCUCUGCCCCCUUCCAGCCAGCCCCAGAGUUCAAGUCCUUCUGAAGUUCAAGGCUGCAUUGUGGAAAUGAAAAGCACUGUGAAAAAUAUGUCCAAGGACCAUUAUGGCACAGGGGCACCAAGGACGCAAACCCCCAAGUGUGUAAUUGACAUCACAGAUGAUGUUGCCACAUCUCACCCAAGUUCCCGAGAAAGCUCAGAGGCUGUGUGUGCCCUGUUAGCCUCUCAAAAGUGUGAGGCCUACAGCUCUGAAACUGAAGAGUGCAGGAAGCCGGAGGCAGAGCCACAGCAGCUAUUCCGAAGCUUGGGCAACAAGAUCGAGUUUGCCCAUUCUGAGGUCAUCCGGCCAGUGACAUCAGUCAGCGAGUCGGCAGCUGUGGCGGAGAGGGAGCGGGAGAAGGCACAGGCACAGGAGCAGUAUGCCUCCAUUGUGCCUUGCAUUAAGAAUACUGCAUUAGCUGAGGAAAUACGGAAGCCGCACAAGCUUAGCCCUUCACCCGACGUGGCUAAAUCAAAAUCCGACCCCUCGCCCGACACACUGAAGUCCCUGAAGCGCAACCCAUCGCCUGAUGCCAUGAAGUCCAAAACCCAUGGCGUCUUGGAAGCCCUGAAGCCGAAGCCAAACACAUCCCCGGAGGUCUCGAGGCACAAAUCAAGCCGGCACUCAGACAUCCUUAUUCCCUCAGUGGGACGGCCCAUUUCCAAACAGGAGUCUGACUCCGCCCCCCGCUCCGGCUUUAAGCCCGUGCCGUCCACCAAGAGCCCGCUCAUCAUUGACAAGAACGAGCACUUCACUGUAUACCGGGAUCCGGCACUGGUGCGGCCAGAAACUGAUAGCAAUCACGUGGCUUACCUGCCCCCUCACUUGCACCCGCUUCAUAGCUCCUCCCACGCCACCUGCCUGACGCCUGGCUCGCACCACCCCUCCCACCUUCUGCCCCCUACCUCCAAUCUCAGCCCCCACCCGCACCCUUCGGUACAUCACCCGUUGCUCCCCACUGUGUUGCCUGCAAUGCCCCCUGCCUCUCUGCUGAGUGGCCACCCCCGUCUGGACUCGGGUGGCCUCAGCCACCUUGCCCUGGCUGCCCACCACCCACAUCCCCACCAGCAGCAACAGCAAUUCCUGCAGCAGCAGCCUCCUCCUCCUCCUCUGAUGCCCCAGACACACGCCGGAGGCUCCUACAACCACCUGGGCCUCUACCCCAUCAUCUGGCAGUACCCCAAUGGCACACACUCAUACCCACCUGGGCUCGGCUUGCCGGGGUCAAAGUGGGUGCAUCAGGAGAACGCUGUCAACUCAGAAGCCAGCCUACGAAGGAACACCCCCAGCCCCUGGCUCCAUCAGCCCACCCCCGUGACCUCGGCCGAUAGCCUGGGGAUUCUGAGCCACGUCCCAGGUCGACCAGCCAGUGCCGAGACACAUCGGCCCAUCAAAAUCAGCUCACACCCCAGCCCACCACUCUCCAAAACCUCUACAGAUCACCAUAAAGAGGAGCUGGAGAGCAAGGUGUUUGUUGACCCCAUGCGUGGCCUGGUGACGGCCCACUUAAAGCAAGAGCCAGACCGCAGUCGGACUCCUACCAGCAAAGACCUGCCACGUCUUUAUAUGGAGUCGACCCACCCUAAGCAGCAACAACAGCCUUCUCGUCUGCCUAUGGACACACCUGACCGGUCCAGCAAGUACAAAGAGGAGAACCGGCGCAUUUUGCAGGAGAGCAAAGAUGUAGCUCCAUUCACGGCCAAGAUCCGGCCUGGUGAGCCUGAGCGUGAGCCUUAUGCCCGAAUCCCCUCACUUUCUAAAGGGCACGAAAAAGAGCCUGAGCAUCCGCCCUCCGAGCUUUACAAGUAUAAGCACUCUGGAGCGCAGUCCCUUCCCCAGAGCAACUAUUUCACCACCUUGUCUAACAGCGUGGUGAAUGAGCCCCCUCGCCUGUACCCCUCCAAAGAGCUUAACUCCCUGUUUGAAAAGGCACCUGCUUCCUCCAGCCCUCUAGGCUCCUACAGCAGCGCAAAGUCCCUGUCCAAGCCUCCCCCACUCAUCAAGCACCAGCCAGAGGGUGAGGGCCUGGUGGGAAAGAUUAGUGAACAGCUCAGCCAGCAGGUGGCCAUGCACUCACAUAGUACCUCAGUAGUGGCAGCAGCUGGCGACCGUCGCAGCCCUGCCGUCUCGCCCUCGGGCCAACUCAGGAGCAUGCCCGCCCUGCACCGGGCACCCGUCUUUCACCCACCCACCCAGCAGACGCUGGACCGCAAGGAGACUGGGUAUGGCCGCCUCUCACCUCCCACACUCACACCCAUCCAGCCUGUUAGCACGGCAGCAGGGAAGGCAUCUGAACAGCAAAAGCCGCCAACCCUGCUGCCUGAGCUCAGGGAGGUGAAGGGUGGGGUCGAACAGGGUGAGCCAUGGAGGCCCGGCUCUGAUCCUCAGGCCCAGUGGCAUCAGGACAAGAGCAGAGGGAAACCACAGGCAGCUGUGGCGUCUGUCAUCGUCCGCCCAUCCACAUGUAUCAAGUAUGAUGGCUCACCAGGGCCUAAACCUGCCAACAAGGAAGUGACCGGUGGCAGGCCGUCGCCCUCGGGCAAGAACCCUGGACAGAUAGACAGCCCCAAACCGGUUGAGGCCAGGGACAGCGUGAGGAUCAUCCAGUCCAACGCGAAUAUGGAAGAUGUAUUCUCGCAGUAUAGGCAGAAUUUCAUUCGAGCUUCUCAAGGUGGUUUUCCCAGCUCUGUGGUGGCCGUUAAUUCUGUGUGCAAUAGUAGAACUGAUAUAACCCCUUCCACCACCACUUUCAGUGUGCUGAGUCGAGGCACACCUGAGCCACCCCAUUCUAGCUUGAGCACCCCUAGCAGCAGCAGCACUAGCAUUAGCACUAGCAGAAUAGAGAAUUCCACGUCCAAAUGCAGGACACCCACUGGUCCAGAGCUCCAAGAAGGUGGAUCCAGAACAACCUCUCCUGGAACCUUGGUGCCUCAGGCUUCUCAGGCUUACUCGGGUAGCUUCAUGCACCCCAAGAAGCACAAAGCGGCUUUAGCUGCUGCCCAUUCCCGUGGCUCCAGCAGUGCCUCCGAGAGUGAGAGCAGUGGCCGAUCCACUCAGGAUUCACCCACCAUUGCGGUCCAGGAGAACUCCAGCAGCAAAGCUAGUCCCCUUCCCAACGGUCAACCGCCGCCCAUGAGCCAAGCCCCCUUCCACAAACUGAAGAAAGCGUGGCUCACUCGUCACUCAGAGGAAGACCGAAACACAAACAAAGCAGAGAAGACAAGCGUAAGCUCAGUCUCUGAAAUUAUCAAGCCAUGCUCGGUCAACCUAAUAGCAUCCACCUCCAGCGAAGCGGAUUUAGGCAAGGACAGCAAAGAUUCCCAGGACAGCAAGACUUCCCAGGAAGACAGGAAGUCGAGACGAGGCACAGCCAAGCGGGCGUACGAGUCGGGUUCAGACAGUGCUGAAGACUCGGAUGCCAGCGACAGCAGGCUGGAGCAGAGGACUAAGCGGCAGCCCAAGCCUACAUACAAGAAGAAGCAGAACGACAUGCAGAAACGGAAAGGGGACGACAAGGAAGAGGACGAUGUCAAGCCCAACGGUAUUUUCAGGAGCGCUAAGGAGAAAACCAAACUCAAGCUUGCCAGCAGCAAUGGUAUCCCUCGCUCUGUGCUGAAAGACUGGAGGAAGGUGAAGAAGUUGAAACAGACGGGCGAGUCGUUCCUCCAGGAUGACGCUUGUUCUGAGAUUGGGCCGAAUCUUCAGAAGUGCCGCGAGUGUCGCUCCAUUCGCACCAAGAAAGGAGAAGAGUCCACUCAUUCGCCGGUCUUCUGUCGCUUCUACUAUUUCCGCCGUCUUUCCUAUAGUAAGAAUGGAGUGAUCAGGAUUGAUGGCUUCUCUUCCCCUGACCAGCAUGAUGAGGAGGCACUGAGUCUCUGGGCUCCUGAUACAAGUGAGGAAAACGAUCUGGACCUGGAGACGUCCAAAUACAUCCUCAGUUACAUUGGAGACAAGUUCUGCCAGCUGGUUAUGAGCGAGAGCACUGCGGCCACGUGGAUCAAGAAAGACGCCAAGAUAGCGUGGAAGCGGGCAGUGAGGGGAGUGAGGGAGAGCUGUGAUGCAUGCGAAGCCACACUGUUCAACAUCCACUGGGUCUGCCAGAAAUGCGGAUUUGUGGUGUGCUUGGACUGCUACAAGGCGAAGGAGAGGAAGAGUUCCAAAGACAAAGAGCUGUACGCCUGGCUGAAGUGCGUCAAGGGACAGCCGCACGAUCACAAGCACUUGAUGCCAACGCAGAUAAUUCCAGGAACCGUAUUGAUGGACCUGGUCAACAGCAUGCACAUGCUCAGGGAGAAGUAUGGCAUCAAAGCGCACUGUGCUUGUGUCAGCAGCAAGAACAUCCUCCACAAUAAGCUCCCGUCCACAAACGGCAUCUCGCAGGUGCUCCAGAACGUGCUGAACCACAGCAACAAGCUAUCUCUCUGUAAGCCUGAGAGUGGGCAGCACAACCUGCCUCAGAAGGUGGAGGCUAAUGGAGGCAGCAGCCCUGCCAGUGACACAAGUACAGACAGCAAGCUCACACCACCCGAAUCUCAGUCUCCGCUACAUUUCCUGGCCGACCUGGCCGAGCAGAAGUCCCGUGAGGAGAAGAAAGAGAAUAAGGAGUCGUGUGUGGGAAAGGUGAAGGAGGAGAAGGAGUCUGAGGCUCUGGAGGCACUGCACUGUAAAGCUUCCUCUCUGGUAGCCAACAGCACCGAGCAGGGCUCCACACUCAGAGACCUGCUCACCACCACGGCUGGAAAACUGCGCCUGGGCUCCACCGAUGCAGGCAUUGCCUUCGCUCCGGUUUACUCCACAGCUUCACAGACGGGAAAGAGCGGCCGCACCAUGCCGAACAUCCUGGAUGACAUCAUCGCCUCGGUGGUGGAGAACAAGAUCCCGGCGAGCCGCAGCUCCAAGCUGAACCUGAAGUGUGACCCGCCAGAAGAGGCCCGGGUCGAGCGGAAAAAGCCAGUCGAGGAAACGCCCAAACACCCCGACAUCCCCCACUGCUGGCUUUAUGAGCGCAGGCUGCUCUGGCUCAAAGACCAUCGCAACAGCAACAACUGGAAACUCUUUAGAGAGUGCUGGAGCAAGGGCCAGCCCGUGCUCGUCUCAGGGGUACACAAGAAGCUCAACGCUAGCCUGUGGAAGGCUGAAUCUUUCAACCAGGAGUUUGCUGACCACCAGGGGGACCUGUUAAACUGCAAGGAUGGUGUGGCUUCUAACUCUGGCAUCAAAGAGUUUUGGGACGGCUUUGAAGACCUUACAAAACGGCCAAAAUCCAAAGAUGGAGAGGCCAUUGUGUACAGGUUAAAAGACUGGCCCUCAGGUGAAGAGUUCAUGGCUCUGAUGCCCUCUAGGUACGAUGAUCUGAUGAAGAAUCUUCCUCUACCUGAGUAUUCAGACCCAGAGGGAAAUCUGAACCUGGCCUCCCACCUCCCCCCAUUCUUUGUUCGGCCAGAUUUGGGUCCGCGCCUGUGCUGCGCUUACGGUGUGGCAGCGUCUCAGGAGCAGGACUUUGGCACUGCUAACCUGCACAUGGAGGUGUCGGACAUCGUCAGUGUUCUGGUUUACGUUGGAGUGGCCAAAGGAAACGGCGUCCUUUCAAAAACAGGAGUGCUGAAGAGGCUGGAGGAGGAAGACCUGGAUGACAACAUGAAGAAGAGAUUAAAGGACUCAAGUGAAACUCCUGGAGCUUUAUGGCACGUCUACGUGAGCAAAGACGUGGAGAAAGUCAAAGAGUUUCUGCACAAGAUUGCUAAGGAGCAGGGUGUGGACAUCCCACCAGAGCAUGAUCCAAUCAGGGAGCCGGGCUGGUACCUGAGCCGAAAGCUGCGUCGGCGGCUGCUGGAGGAGCACGGUGUUCAGGGCUGGACCAUCGUUCAGUUUCUGGGAGACUCUGUCCUCAUCCCCGCUGGAGCCCUGCACCAGGUGCAGAAUCUGCACAGCUGUGUGCAGGUCAUCAAUGACUUUGUGUCUCCGGAGCACGUGGUGCACUCCUUCCACUUAACCCAGGAGCUCCGCUCCUCCAAAGAAGAAAUCAACUAUGAAGAUAAGCUACAGGUCAAGAACAUCUUUUACCACUGUGUAAAGGAUGCUGUGGGAACAUUAAAGCGGUGCAGUGCAGAGGGGCCGGGGGACGAAGGCUCCAACUCAUGACCUUGGACCCCUCGUUGCCGUUGGAACGCCUUCAUCACUUAACCCCAAAUAUGCACACUAAUCUCCACAUCACAAACCUCCAGUGCCAAGCAGACUUUCAGAGCAGACGCCUGAGAGAAAGACAGGAAAUGCUAUUUAUGUUACUGACACCACAGCAGUAUCGCCCCCACGCAUCAGGAUUACUGUGAUUUUACAGAGGAAUAACAACAGAUCAUCUGCAAGCUACAGCACUGCUGUUCACACUCUAGUAUUUGUUUGUCUUUGUCAGUUUGUUUCCUUCGUUUUUGUCGUUUCCUUCUUUUUUUGCUUUCAUACUGUAUAUUGUUUCAGUGAAAUGAUGUAUUUAUUUUUUAGGAGUUCUACGCUAUGUUCUAGAUCAAAUGUAAAUGUGACUUGUACAGUUUGCUAAUCGUACAGGAUCCUAACGCAGCUCACUACAUUUGAGACGGUUACUGUGAGAGAGGAUCCGAACACCAGCUAUUGCCUGUACUUUGGGAAUCGUUGCUGAAAUUGCAGUCCUCAUGCCAUAUCUUUAAAAAGAAAAAAAAAAGUUUUAACUGCCAAACUAUUGUAAACAUUGUAAAGUUAUAUUAUGUAAA